AUGAUCUGGUCCAUACUCGCCGCGCUCAAGACCGAUCCCACCGAGGAGGCCCGGGCCCAGGUUCAACAACGAACUCCCCGCUAUGCCGGCGAGGAUACCACCCCGACCACCCGCCGGGAGAUCCUCGGUUGGUACGCCUAUGGUAUCGCUGCUGAAGUCUUUGCUGUUUCAGGCGUUGGAUCCUUCCUCCCUUUAAUGCUGGAACAGCUCGCUCGCGAACAUGGGUCUUUACAAGAUACCCACCGACCGUGUUGGGGUGAUGCUGCACCCGACGAGAACGCUCGGAAUGGCGAACAAUGUGUCGUCGGAUUGAUGGGCCUGCAAAUCAAUACCGCCAGCUUUGCGAUGUAUACAUUCUCGCUAGCAGUGCUGAUCCAGGCUCUGACAUUGAUUUCAUUUAGCGCAUUGGCUGAUUAUGAGAACAAUCGCAAAUCGCUACUCCUAGCCUUUGGUUUCCUCGGCUCCGUGACCAGCAUGCUCUUCGUCCUCAUCUGGCCCUCGAUAUAUAUCCUCGGCGCCAUACUAGUCGUGAUCGGGGUAACAUGUCUCGGAUCCUCAUUCGUGGUACUAAAUUCCUUCCUCCCCGUCCUCGUCGCGAACGAUCCCUCCGUGCAAAACCCCGAGCAUCGCACCAGCGAAGAACUGUCGAGUUUCAAUCGGCGCGAGGACGACUUUGACUGGAAUGAAUGGAGUGAUCAGGAAAGCGUGGACGGUGUACACCACCACCGAAGCAGAAGUGGAACCGGACUGAAAGAAGACGAAAAGCCCAAAUCAGCAUCGCCAGAACUCCAAUUAUCAACCCAGAUCUCAUCCAAGGGCGUCGGACUGGGCUACCUAGCCGCCAUCAUCGUGCAAAUCCUCAGCAUCGUCAUCCUCAUCACCGUAUCACAGACCUCUCUCGCAAAAGCAUCGGGAACAUGGCCAAUGCGGUUUGUCCUGCUUCUCGUUGGUAUAUGGUGGUGUGCAUUCACCUACUUGACCAGUCGUCUUCUCCGACCUCGACCCGGUCCUCCCCUCGAUAAUAUCAGCUCGUCCGGACCUGGCGCUGGCGGCUCGGCGAAGUGGCGUGUCUGGCUGCGUCUAGUGGGAUUUUCCUGGAAAUCGUUAUGGCGAACCGUGAAGAUUGCGGUGCAAUUGCGAGAAGUGAUGAUAUUCCUCGUUGCGUGGUUUAUGCUUUCGGACGCGUUGGCAACGGUCUCUGGGACGGCAAUUUUAUUCGCGCGCACGGAGUUGAAAAUGAGCACAACCGGGAUCGGACUCUUAUCCAUCACGGUGAUAGUGUCUGGAAUGGGAGGCGCGUUCUUGUGGCCGAAGGUUUCGGCGCGAUUCGGUCUCAAGUCAAAUCAGACGAUUAUGGUGUGCAUUGCGCUGUUCGAACUCAUCCCGUUAUAUGGCAUGCUGGGGUAUAUCCCAUUUGUGAAGAGGUGGGGUGUUAUCGGGUUACAGCAGCCGUGGGAGGUAUUCCCAUUGGGAAUUGUGCAUGGUGUUGUUGGUGGUGGACUCGCGUCUUAUUGCCGGUCUUUCUUUGGACUGUUGAUUCCUCCCGGUAGUGAGGCGGCGUUUUAUGCGCUUUAUGCGGCGACGGAUAAAGGGAGUUCGUUUAUUGGGCCGGCGAUUGUGGGUGUGCUUGUUGAUGCGACUGGACAGGUUCGAUCGGGGUUCUUUGUGAUUGCGAUAUUGAUUGUGUUGCCAUUGCCAUUGGUGUGGAUUGUCAAUGCGGAGAAAGGCCGGCGUGAUGGGUUGGCGAUGGCGGAGAAGUUGGGCAAAUCCAAGUUUGCUGAGGAUGAAAAUGGGCAGGACGAGGCAGAGGGUUUACUGAGGGGAAACAAUUAG